AUGCUGGUGCAUACUUACUCCGCCAUGGAGCGCCCCGACGGGCUCGGCGCAGCGGCUGGCGGGGCCCGUCUGUCGUCUCUGCCCCAGGCAGCCUACGGACCSGCGCCGCCGCUCUGCCACACGCCGGCGGCCGCAGCUGCCGCCGACUUCCAGCCGCCCUACUUCCCGCCGCCCUACCCGCAGCCUCCACUGCCCUACGGCCAGGCGCCCGACGCCGCCGCCGCCUUUCCCCACCUGGCCGGGGACCCAUACGGCGGCCUGACGCCCCUGGCGCAGCCACAACCUCCGCAGGCUGCCUGGGCCGCGCCCCGCACUGCCGCCCGCGCCCACGACGAGCCGCCCGGCUUGCUGGCGCCGCCCGCCCGCGCUCUGAGUCUMGACCCGCGCCGUGACUACGCCGCCGCAGUGCCCCGGCUACUGCACAGCCUGGCCGACGGUGCGCACGGCCUAGCUGAGGCGCCCCUGGGCCUUCCCGGGCUGGCGGCGCCACCUGGCCUGGAAGAUCUGCAGGCCAUGGAUGAGCCGGGAAUGAACCUCCUGGACCAGUCUGUGAUAAAGAAAGUCCCCAUCCCCUCCAAAGCCAGCAGCCUUUCGGCCCUCUCAUUGGCCAAAGACAGCCUGGUUGGCAGCAUCACCAACCCCAGUGAGGUCUUCUGCUCCGUGCCUGGACGGCUUUCAUUGCUCAGCUCAACAUCCAAGUACAAGGUGACCGUGGGGGAAGUACAGCGGCGACUCUCACCUCCUGAGUGCCUCAACGCCUCCCUCCUGGGGGGCGUCCUCCGCAGAGCCAAGUCCAAGAAUGGGGGUCGAUGUCUACGGGAAAGGCUAGAGAAGAUUGGGCUCAACCUGCCAGCUGGCCGUCGGAAGGCUGCCAAUGUGACACUGCUGACCUCACUGGUGGAGGGAGAGGCUGUGCACCUGGCUCGAGACUUUGGCUACGUCUGUGAGACUGAGUUCCCAGCCAAAGCAGCCGCUGAGUACCUGUGCCGACAGCACGCUGACCCCGGGGAACUGCACAGCCGCAAGAGCAUGCUGCUGGCCGCCAAGCAGAUCUGCAAGGAGUUUGCCGACUUGAUGGCUCAGGAUCGCUCCCCAUUGGGCAACAGCCGCCCAGCACUCAUCCUCGAGCCUGGAGUGCAGAGUUGCCUGACACACUUUAGCCUCAUCACCCACGGCUUUGGAGGGCCUGCCAUCUGUGCUGCCCUCACCGCCUUCCAGAACUACCUGCUGGAGUCACUCAAGGGACUGGACAAGAUGUUUCUAACCAGUGCAGGCAGUGGGCAUGGUGAAACCAAGGCUUCAGAGAAGGAUGCCAAACAUCGGAAAUAA